UAGCUUGAAUGGCAGUGCAAAUAAUUGAGCGGGUCUGGCAACUCGCCGCUGAAUUGUUGUUACGCGAGCGAUUCUUUUCGUUUUAUUUCUAGUUAAAAUUAUCAAAGAAAUAUAAUAGAAUGUUGGCCUUACGAAGUUCCCAGAGAUUAGGCUUACGUUCCCUGCUACCGGCUGCCUUCAAAAACGUGGGAUUGGUCAACUAUUCCUCCUCGCAGUCCAAAAAAGACGAUGGAUACUCCUCUUCGGACGACGAAAAGCCCACGAAGAAGAAGGAGAACCCUGCGGAAACGGCGGCCCAGCGGCUGAACCGCCUGUUGGGCACCAUGCAGGCCACGGAUCAGCUCUCGGCAUCUGAUUUCCCCCGCCCUGGCGAUGCCAACAGGAAGCGGAGGGAGGCCCAGAAACAGGAGGCGGCCGCCAAGAAUGUUCUCACUGCGGCUAAGAAUAUUGCUAGCAUGUUGGGCACCAGUGAGAGUGACAAGAAGCAGACAGAGUCGGAGCUAUUGGCCAAGCUCCUGGGACAUGAAAGCGAGUCUUCUCCAGCUGCGACCGGAGAAAAACAAACGACAGAUGCUUCAGCAUCUCCUUCUGGUGAUAAGGAACUCAAUCUGAGUGAUCUCAUAGUGGGCAUGAAGAUCGAUCGUCGCCAGCAGCCACAGCAGGUGGAGCAGACUCGCGGCGAGUACGUUCGUCGCUCUCUGGCUUCCAGAUCCAAGCCACAGAAUCGAGAUGGUUUUUACCAGCGGCCACAGAGGCAAACCAAACGAGAGGCUGAAUCAUUUACAGGCAGCGUCAACUUGUACGGCGGAGAACCGUUGGGCAUCUUCAAGGAUACCCAGCUGCCCAUUUCCAACGACAUCCUUUCAACCUGGUCGCAGCUGAGCGAAAGGGAGCUUAGUCUCCAGGCUUCCCAUCCCCCGGCAAACUACUUCGAGCAAAUGGUCCUGUGGACAGAUCAGAAAAAGGUGUGGCGCUUUCCUAUCAACAAUGAGCAAGAUUGGGAGGACGAGCAGAACGUAGACUUCUCGGAACACAUUUUCCUCGAACAGCAUCUCGAGGACUGGUGUCCUAACAAGGGACCUAUUCGACAUUUCAUGGAGCUUGUCUGCGUCGGCCUGUCGAAGAAUCCCUAUCUGACUGCCCAAGAGAAGAAGGAUCACAUUUUCUGGUUCCGCGACUACUUCCAGGCCAAGAAGGACAUACUGAGGGAUCUGAUUAGCAAGGAGCCGAGCAAAAGUAUUUCUGCUUAAUGUUUUCGUUUGAAUAUUUGUUAAAAAUAUAUUUUUGCUUUAUAAGACCAA